AUGUCCAACAAUACUACCGAGAUGGAAUUAGAUCAAACUCAGUCUAGCUCACUUCAACAGGUUGCCGUCUUACAAGGACAUUCUGAUCGAGCAUGGUCUGUUUCAUGGCAUCCAUCAAAACCUAUUUUAGCAUCAUCUUCAACGGAUAAACAAAUCAAAUUAUAUAAAUAUCAAAUAUGUUCAACUCAAAGACCGUUGAAUCUUAUACCAGAAGAAACAAAACCUAUCAAAAAAACUUCAUUCAGAUUUGAUUAUUUAGAUUCAAUUCCUACAGGUCAUACUCGUACUGUUAGAUCAAUUCAAUGGAAUCCUUCUGGGAAUAUGUUAGCUUCUGGUUCAUUUGAUUCGACAGUUUCGAUUUGGUCCAACACACAUCCAUUAACCAAGCCUGAUCUUACAACUCAUCAAGAUAGAUGGGAAUCCGAAAUUGAAGCUGAAGAAACCCAAAAUCUAGAGUCUCAGAAUGAUACAACCGAUUGGGAAUGUAUGAUGUCUCUAGAAGGACAUGAAAGUGAAAUCAAAGGUGUAGCUUGGAAUCGAAAUGGAAAACUAAUGGCCACUUGUUCUCGUGAUAAAAGUGUUUGGGUAUGGGAAAUCUUAACUGAUUCAGAAGUGAAUGAAGGAAUCGUCACAGAUGAUGGAGGUUAUGAAGUUUUAUCUGUUUUAAUGGAACAUGAAGCAGAUGUGAAAUCGGUUUGUUGGUCACCAAAAGAAGAUUUACUUUGUUCUACUUCUUAUGAUAAUCAUUUACAUCUUUAUUCAGAAGAUGUUAGUUCUGAUGGUGAUUUCACUUUGAUACAUAAACUUAUCGGUCAUACUUCUACAGUUUGGGAUGCUUCAUUUUCAGCUUGUGGUGAAUUUAUUAGUUCUUGUUCUGAUGAUCUAUCUAUACGUAUCUGGUCUAGAGAAAAAGUUUUGAAAGGUGGGAUUGAAGGUCGUGAUGGUGGUUUGAAUGGUGGUUGGAGAAUCGGUCGUUCUGAAAGAGAAAGAUGGAGUUGUGUUUAUGUUUUAGAAGGGUUUCAUAAACGUACGAUUUAUUCUAUUGAUUGGACUUUUUGGGGGAAUGUAGAGGAUCAGAUUAAAGGUAACGAAGGUGAACAUUUAGGAUAUAUUGCUACUGGUGCUGGAGAUGGAAAAAUUAAUAUCUUUACAAUCCAUCGAGGUACAUCUGUAUCUGGUUUAGAUAGUACAAAUCCUAAACCAGAAAUCGAUUUAUUAAUUCAACAAAAAAAUGCACAUGGUGUUACAGAUAUUAAUUCGGUUAGAUGGUGUAAGAUUCAAGAUUCUACAAAUUCAAAUUCAACUAACAAUCCAAAUUGGCGUUCUGAAGCUAAACAAUUACUUGCAAGUGUUGGUGAUGAUGGAAUGACCAAGGUUUGGAGUUUGAAUUUGUAA